AUGGUCUGUUUGGCCAUGAGAACAUGGGACUCCAUGCAAUGUCUAUUGGCGCAGCAGCCCAAACCUCAAGGUGGGAAACCGCGUGGCCGUGGUCGUGGCAAACGCAGAAACAAUAAAAAGAAGGGAGAAGCAACGAGGGUUGUGAAUACCGGAGAUGUCAGCACUGAAAGAUUCAAGGCUGUGAAUACUGGAUAUGUUAGCGUUGAAACACCCAGUGUUGUCAAUACUGGAUAUGUUUCCGUUGAAACACCCAGGGACGUGAACACCCGAGAUGUCAGCACUGAAAGAUUCAAGUUUGUGAAUACCGGUUAUGUUAGCGUCGAAAUAAUGGAAACACCAUGA